UCGAGUGUAUGUAGUUUUUGUUAGAUUGUGCAGCCCUAGGAGCACCGGCAUUUUACCUACGAUGUGGCCGUCUGAGAAUUAAAGCAAAAUUUUCCUAAUUUUCGCAUUGACAUCACCCCCUCCCUGCUCUGCGACGUCACCCACCGCGGAUAUCAGCCAGCUACCGACCAGCAUCUCGCCCAGGCUUCGACAUGGCGAUGCCAUCGAUCUCAACGAUACUGGGCGUGGUAUUCCUGGCCUACAUCGCCCACUCCAUCUACCAAAUGUCGCAGCUCUUCACGACGCUGAACUGCACCGCCCAGCCCUGCUACACGUCCUUCCUGGCGGAGAAGCCACGCAUGCAGCUGGCGCUGUUCACGUCGCGCACACCGCAUCCGAUAGCCAGCGAGGUGCAGGACAUCUACAAGGCGAAGCGCUUUGACUACAGCCGCCCCUUCGAGCACGACUUCGAGGUGGAGGUACCGCUGAAAACGCGCCGCAACGGCUCGCUCUACAUGCACGUAGUCCUGGCGCUGGAAGGUGAGCCGCUCGAGUGGCGCAGCCUUCGCCGCGACGGUCCCACCGUUCUGCACACGCUCAGUCUCACCGAUUACAUGGUGCCCCGUGCCGAGGCUUUCAACCUGCUUGGCGAGGCGGCCGAUAAGGCUCGGCCGGGCGGCAGCGGCAGCAGCGGAGAAAAAUCGGUGCAGGGUAAGGCCUCAUCCGGGAACAGUAAGGGAGCAUCUGGCGGACGACCGAGCACCCACAUGAGGUCCAAUGUGUAUGUGACACUGCUGACGGACCUGUUCUCGGUGUCGCAGGCGGAUGUGCCGCCGGAGAUGGCCCAGCUAAUACGCGUCAAUCGGAUGCAACAGAUCCUGCCCAUACUACAGACGGACACGUUCAACACCCGCAUGAAGGACCUGGUGGCCAUCACACGCAACACCACCGAAUUCACAUUCAGCUUCCACUACAAGCCAGUGGGCGUGGGCAAGCUCCGGCUGAUGCUGCUCAUGGAGCACGCCACACAGGCGCUGUUCACGAUCGGUUUUGCCACCAAGGACAUUGACGAAGUCAAAGGGAUAUUCUCCGACACGAACGUGUAUUUGCUCUGCGGCACCAUCUUCGUGUCCAGCAUUCAUAUGCUCUUUGAUUUCCUGAGCUUCAAGAAUGACGUCUCCUUCUGGCGCCAGAAGCAGUCGUACGAGGGCCUCUCCACCCGCACCACCCUGUGGCGGGCUUUCUCACAGUUCGUGAUAUUCCUGUAUCUGCUGGACGAGAACACCUCGUAUCUGGUGAUAGUGCCCGUCGGCCUGGGCACCCUCAUCGAGUUGUGGAAGUGCAAAAAGAUACUGCGCCUCGAACUAAGCUUCAGCGGCUUUGUGCGCCGCAAACUGGAGGAUCAGACAGAGCAACAGAACGGCCAACUGGCCGAACAGCAGACGGAUCAGUUCGAUCGCCAGGGCAUGCGGUACCUCAGCUAUCUGCUCUAUCCGCUGUGCCUGGGCGGGGCCGUCUACUCGCUGCUGUAUCAGCCGCACCGUUCGUGGUACUCCUGGACCCUCAACUCCAUGGUCAACGGAGUGUACGCCUUUGGGUUCCUGUUCAUGCUGCCCCAGCUGUUUGUCAACUACAAGCUCAAGUCGGUGGCCGCCCUGCCCUGGCGCGCCUUCAUGUACAAGGCCUUCAAUACGUUCAUCGAUGACUUCUUCGCGUUCAUCAUCACGAUGCCAACGGCUCAUCGUGUGGCCUGCCUACGCGACGACAUUGUCUUCCUUAUAUAUUUGUAUCAGCGUUGGCUCUAUCCCGUCGACAAGAAUCGCCUGGACACGGGUUUGGCCAUCACCGAAACGGCGCCACCAACAACUGGAGCAUCAGCCGCAGCAGCCACUGAGCCACGAGCUGCGGCGGCAAGCCGCAAGAAGCGUAACUAAAAUGUAAUGAUAAAUGGAGAGACAGACAGUAGUUUGCACAUUCCGUCUAUAGCUCUAGGUCUAGCCUAAGUGCAUGGUCAAUUUCUGCCCCUAUUUUGAUAUAUUCCUCAAACAACAACUCCGUCAGUAGCAUUUGUAGCAACAGAAAGAACAGUUAAAAAAUAAAACCAAGGCCCCAAAAGGUCCUUUGAUGUAGUCUAAAAA